CAAUAGAAUAGAAUUGUAUAGAAACUUCAAGUGAGUGAUGUUCCGGUGUCCGGCGGAAGGUGGCGCUGCUCGUGCGUCUCUCCGUCACACACACACACAGGAAGAGAAGAGGAAGAAGUGCUAGUGCUUUACAGCCUUGGUGACGAUAUGCAGAUGGAGUUCUGCAGCACUUCUGAUGGAAGAACAUCGAGCUCAGUGGGACACGUCCCCCCUGUGGAGCAGGACAGAGACUUCUGGAAAAAACCUCUAAAGGAGGAAGAAACUGAUGAAGAUGACUUCUAUGGAGGAACUUCAGGCUCUGUGGAAGAAGCAGAAGAUCAACAGAACAGAGAGUUCCAGAUAAUGAUAAAAGAAGAAGAACCAAAACAUGAUGACUCUCUGUAUUGUGAGGAUUGCAAAUCUUUCUAUGUCAACAAGUGUGAGGUUCACGGUCCGGCUCUCUUCAUCCCCGAUGUUGCGGUUCCACUGGGGGUCUCUGACCGAGCCAGACAAACCCUUCCUCCAGGUCUAGAGAUUCGGAAGUCCGGUAUUCCCGACGCAGGCCUGGGAGUGUUUAACAAUAGUGACACUAUUCCUGUUGGUGCGCACUUCGGGCCUUACCAGGGAGACACGGUAGAGCGAGAGGAAGCGAUGAACAGCAGCUACUCCUGGGUGAUACACAAUAGUGAGCAGAGUGAAAGCUACAUCGAUGCCACGUCAGAGAUGCGUUCUAACUGGAUGAGGUAUGUGAAUUGUGCUCGUAAUGAUGAAGAGCACAAUCUGGUGCCGUUUCAGUACCGAGGUGUGAUUAUGUACCGCUGCUGUCGAGCUGUGGAACCAGGACAGGAGCUGUUACUGUGGUAUGAGGAAGAGUUCAGUGAAGAUCUCAGCACCACCUUUAACUCCAUCUGGAACAGAAAGUGCUCCGUAAAUGGAAUGAAGACCGUCUUCUCCUGCUCCUCGUGUCCACUUUCUUAUACGUCCAAAAUUUAUCUCCACAAACACAUCAAGAGAUGCCACCAUGAGGAAUAUGUCCGACUCCUGAGAUCGGGGGAGAUUAAAUAUGAGCGCCUGGUGACCUCAAAAGCCUCCAUUCGGUCCUCAGCAGUGGCCUUGGACAGACCCAGCGCUGAAACUUUGCGUUCACAAACUCAGAAAGAUUCGCUCCAGUGCUCGGAAUGUGGGAAGGUUUUUCUCCAGCGGAAACAUCUCAAAGUUCACCAGCGUGUUCACACGGGCGAGAAGCCAUAUCAGUGCUCACAGUGUGGGAAGAGCUUCACGCAGCAGAGCAGCCUCUAUCUCCACCAGCGCCUUCACACUCGAAAGAACCUGUGUCAGUGUUUGCAGUGUGGAAAGAGUUUUACUCAACAGAUUCACCUGCAGGCCCAUCAGCGCAUUCACACGGGAGAGAAACCGUACCAGUGCUCACAGUGCGGGAAGCGCUUUAGUGAGAAAGGAAGUCUCCGCCGACACCAGACCAUUCACACCGGUGAGAAAGCGUAUCACUGCUUACAAUGUGGGAAGAGUUUCAGUGAAUUAGGAACACUCACACGACACCAGCGCAUUCACACGGGAGAGAAACCGUAUCAGUGCUCGCACUGCGGAAAGCGUUUCAGUGAACGAGGGAAUCUCAGAACACACCAGCGUAUUCAUACGGAAGAGAAGCUGUAUCAUUGUGCACAGUGUGGGAGGAGCUUCACUCACCAUAGCACACUCCAGCAUCACCAACGCAUUCAUACUGGGGAGAAACCAUACUACUGCUCGGUCUGCGGAAAAAGUUUUACCCAGCAAGGCAACUUCCAAAAACACCAGCGCAUUCACACGGGGGAGAAACCGUACUGCUGCGUCCAAUGUGGGAGGAGUUUUAUUCAGCAGAGUCACCUUCAGCUCCACCAGCAUGCUCACACUGGAGAACAGCUGAACAAUUACCAUUGUUCUUUUUGUGGGAAGGGUUUUACUUAUCAGAGUGCUCUCCAAAGACACCAGCGCUUUCACACAGGAGAGAGGCCAUAUAAGUGUGCACAGUGUGGGAAGAGUUUUACUCUACCUGGUGGUCUCCAACUACACCAACGCAUUCACACAGGAGAGAAACCGUAUGAGUGCUCACAGUGUGGAAAGAGCUUUAGUGAGAAAGCAGCUCUUCGAAGACACCAACGAAUUCACACCGGAGAGAAACCGUAUCCCUGCUUACAGUGUGGGAAAAGUUUUACUGAGAAAGCAGCUCUUCAAAGACACCAGCGCAUUCACACCGGAGAGAAACCGUAUCACUGCUUGCAGUGCGGAAAGAGUUUUAAUCAACAGAGUCAUCUUGAAAAGCACCAGCGAAUUCACACCGGAGAAAAGCCCUAUCACUGUUUACAGUGUGGGAAGAGUUUUAGUCAGCUCAGUAAUCUCCGAAAACACCAACGCACUCACACAGGACAGAAGCUGUUUUAGUGUCUGGCGUUUGGGAUUUUUUUUUUAUUCCCUCAAGCAUAACUUCUGCUAAUCAGACUUUCAUACAUCGAAGACAUAAUUUCAUGUUUUUAAACAAAUCAGAAUUUUUUUUUACAAAAAAUAUACAGGUAUCUCUACCACCCAACCAGGCAUGAUGGUUUAAACAGAUCAUUUAGGAUUGUAAUAAUCUGGUUUUAAAAAAUAAUGACAGUUUUGCUGUAGUACUCAGUUCACUCCUGUUGUCCGUGACUUUAACUCGAUGUAGUUUGAAUGCUAGUGUAAUUGGUAUUAUGUUGGUAAAUAUGUUCAUGUACUAUUAAAUUUGUGAGGUCCUAAGUUAAAUGGAUGGUCAUUGUGCUCCUAUGCUUCUUUUAAUAUUUUCAUUAUAGGAAUUUUAGGAAAUUAGGGAAGGAGCUAUUUUAUAAUCCACUGUGUAUCGAUAACCACCUGCUUCACCUGGAGCUGGGAAAUCUCUAGGUCUUAUAAAAAAAAACAACAACAAUGCAGCUGAUUAAAGCUUAUUUCUGUACUAUUUUCUUCUUUCUUUAUUUUAUAACAUUGAUAUUGAAAUUUAUCAUAAUUUAGAUUUAGUCCAAGUUUAUGCAGCUGAUUUGCUACAUUAAUUGUAUUUCAGGUUUUGUUGUUGGAGCUAACUUGGGCCUAAUAAAACCCAAAAGAAUUGUCUUAA